AUGUCCAACACCUCCCACAAAUUACAGGACUCGACCGGUGAGUUUUCCUUGGACAUCAAAGAGGUUUAUAUGUUUCGCCCAAAUUUUAGCAGGGCUCCUCUCAAAAUAUUGACGAGGUGGCUCGUAUUCCUUACUAUCUUGAAAGUCAGUUCAGCUAUCAAAGACCCUGACGUAGAAGGUGAAGCUCUGCUUGAUCUUUUACAUUUCCUCAAUGAUUCCAAUAAGCAAAUAACGGACUGGGACAGUCAUUUAGUUAGCCCGUGCUUCAGUUGGUCUCAUGUCACUUGUAGAAACGGACAUGUCAUAUCACUGGCCCUAGCUUCCAUUGGAUUUUCUGGAACACUUUCUCCCUCAAUUACCAAAUUGAAAUAUUUGGUUAGCGUGGAAUUGCAGAACAACAAUCUUUCAGGACCCUUGCCUGAUUACAUUUCCAACUUGAAAGACCUGCAAUAUCUAAAUCUUGCUGACAAUAAUUUUAAUGGUUCUGUACCAGAUAAAUGGGGUGAAUUAUCCAAUCUAAAGUAUCUGGAUCUUUCAUCUAAUGGUCUUACUGGAAGGAUCCCAAUGCAACUCUCUUCAGUUCCAAUGUUUAACUAUUCAAAUACGCAACUUCAGUGUGGUCCUGGCUUCGAGCAGGCUUGCGCUUCUAAAUCUGAAAGUCCAGAUUCAACCCACAAAUCAAAAUUGACAAAAAUUGUACGUUAUGCAAGUUGUGGUGCCUUUGCACUUCUGUGUCUUGGGGCUAUCCUUACAUAUCGACACCAUCAAAUGCAUAGGCAAAAAAGGGAAGUCUUUGUUGAUGUUUCAGGCGAAGACGAGAGCAAAAUUUCCUUUGGGCAAUUGCGAAGAUUUUCUUGGCGUGAACUCCAACUUGCCACCAAAAAUUUCAGUGAAGGGAAUGUAAUUGGUCAGGGUGGCUUUGGAAAAGUGUACAAAGGAGUACUCUCUGAUAACACCAAAGUCGCUGUGAAACGCCUCAUUGAUUAUCACAACCCUGGUGGAGAGGCUGCAUUCGAAAGAGAAGUUCAACUUAUAAGUGUUGCAGUUCAUAGAAACCUCCUAAGACUAAUUGGCUUCUGCACAACCUCAACUGAAAGAAUCCUUGUAUACCCUUUCAUGGAAAAUCUUAGCGUAGCUUAUCGACUGAGAGAUUUAAAACCAGGUGAGAAGGCCUUGGACUGGCCAACAAGAAAACGUGUGGCUUUUGGUACGGCCCAUGGUUUGGAGUAUCUACAUGAGCAAUGCAAUCCGAAGAUAAUACAUCGUGAUCUAAAAGCAGCAAAUAUCCUUCUAGAUGAUGAAUUUGAAGCUGUUCUUGGUGAUUUUGGGCUAGCCAAGCUGGUGGAUGCAAGGAUUACUCAUGUCACCACUCAAGUGCGUGGCACAAUGGGUCACAUUGCCCCAGAAUAUUUGUCCACUGGAAAAUCUUCAGAGAAGACUGAUGUAUUUGGAUAUGGCAUAACACUUCUUGAACUAGUCACCGGUGAGCGUGCAAUAGACCUCUCUCGGCUUGAAGAGGACGAGGAUGUUCUUCUUAUUGAUUAUGUCAAAAAGCUGCUGAGAGAAAAAAGGUUGGAGGACAUCGUGGAUAGAAAUUUGAAGAGUUAUGAUCCAAAGGAAGUUGAGACCAUUCUUCAGGUUGCAUUGCUUUGCACCCAAGGCUACCCCGAGGAUCGUCCAACCAUGUCAGAAGUGGUAAAAAUGCUGCAGGGAGUGGGGUUGGCAGAUAGAUGGGCUGACUGGCAGCAACUUGAAGAGGCUAGGAAUCAAGAAUUCUCACUCAUGACUCACCAAUUUGUUUGGAAUGAUGAAUCUACUCUUGAUCAAGAAGCCAUACAGCUUUCCAGAGCAAGAUAA